UGUGCAUCCCGGCCGGGGCCUCCGCCGCCCAACAUGGGCCGCGGGUUCCAAAGUUUGCGAAGUUGGGCGCGGAGGGGCCGGGGCGCGCGGAGCGUCCUGGGGGUUCCGGCGCCGGACUCGCGGGGCGCACAGGUCGCCUGAGCGGCCUCCACGGCCCCGAGGGUUGCGUGUGUGGCCGGGGGGCUCCGGGGAGCGGGCGGGGGCGUCGGAGCUUCUGCUGAGUUGGCGGGUUUGGCCAUGGCCGCUUCCCGGCCCGCGCGGGAGCCCGCGCUCUCGCUCGUCGGGCUGUUGCUGCUGCUGCUGGGGGGCCCGGGCCGGGGGUCGGCCUUGAGCGGGAACGCGACCGGCCCCGGACCCCGAAGCGCGGGCGGGAGCGCGAGAAGGAGCGCGGCGGUGACCGGCCCUCCGUCGCUGCUGAACCACUGCGGCCGGGCCGCCCCCUGCGAGCCGCUGCGCUACAACGUGUGCCUGGGCUCGGCGCUGCCCUACGCGGCUACCUCCACGCUCCUGGCCGGGGACUCGGACUCGCAGGAGGAAGCUCACGGCAAGCUGGUGCUCUGGUCGGGCCUCCGGAACGCCCCCCGCUGCUGGGCAGUAAUCCAGCCCCUACUGUGUGCCGUGUACAUGCCCAAGUGUGCAAACGACCGGGUGGAGCUGCCCAGCCGCACUCUCUGCCAGGCGACUCGCGGCCCCUGUGCCAUCGUGGAACGGGAACGCGGCUGGCCCGACUUCCUGCGUUGCACCCCCGACCACUUUCCUGAGGGCUGCCCGAAUGAGGUGCAGAACAUCAAGUUCAACAGUUCAGGCCAGUGUGAGACUCCCCUGGUUCGGACUGACAACCCCAAGAGCUGGUACGAGGAUGUGGAGGGCUGCGGGAUCCAGUGCCAGAACCCGCUCUUCACCGAGGCCGAGCACCAGGACAUGCACAGCUACAUCGCCGCCUUUGGUGCCGUCACCGGCCUCUGCACGCUCUUCACCCUGGCCACGUUCGUUGCUGACUGGCGGAAUUCGAAUCGCUACCCUGCUGUUAUUCUCUUCUACGUCAAUGCGUGUUUCUUUGUGGGCAGCAUCGGCUGGCUGGCCCAGUUCAUGGAUGGCGCCCGCCGGGAAAUUGUCUGCCGUGCAGAUGGCACCAUGAGGCUUGGGGAGCCCACCUCCAACGAAACCCUGUCUUGCGUCAUCAUCUUUGUCAUUGUGUACUAUGCCCUGAUGGCUGGCGUGGUCUGGUUUGUGGUCCUUACCUAUGCCUGGCACACCUCCUUCAAAGCCCUGGGCACCACCUACCAGCCUCUCUCAGGCAAGACCUCCUACUUCCAUCUGCUCACGUGGUCCCUGCCCUUUGUGCUUACCGUGGCAAUUCUCGCCGUGGCCCAGGUGGAUGGGGACUCCGUGAGCGGCAUCUGUUUUGUGGGGUACAAGAACUACCGCUACCGUGCUGGCUUCGUGCUGGCCCCAAUUGGCUUGGUGCUCAUCGUGGGAGGCUACUUCCUUAUCCGAGGAGUCAUGACUUUGUUCUCCAUCAAGAGCAACCACCCUGGGCUGCUGAGCGAGAAGGCUGCCAGCAAGAUCAACGAGACCAUGCUGCGCCUGGGCAUUUUUGGCUUCCUGGCCUUUGGCUUUGUGCUCAUUACCUUCAGCUGCCACUUCUAUGACUUCUUCAACCAGGCUGAGUGGGAGCGCAGUUUCCGGGAGUACGUGCUGUGCCAGGCCAAUGUGACCAUUGGGCUGCCCACCAAGAAGCCCAUCCCUGACUGUGAGAUCAAGAAUCGCCCCAGCCUCCUGGUGGAGAAGAUCAACCUGUUUGCCAUGUUUGGCACUGGCAUUGCCAUGAGCACCUGGGUCUGGACCAAGGCUACUCUGCUCAUCUGGAGACGCACCUGGUGCAGGUUGACUGGGCAGAGUGAUGACGAGCCCAAACGGAUCAAGAAGAGCAAGAUGAUCGCCAAGGCCUUCUCCAAGCGGCGGGAGCUGCUACAGAACCCAGGCCAAGAGCUCUCCUUCAGCAUGCACACUGUCUCCCACGAUGGACCUGUGGCAGGUUUGGCUUUUGACCUCAACGAGCCCUCAGCUGAUGUCUCCUCUGCCUGGGCCCAGCAUGUCACCAAGAUGGUGGCCCGGAGAGGAGCCAUACUACCCCAGGAUGUGUCUGUCACCCCUGUGGCAACACCAGUGCCACCGGAGGAGCACGCCAACCUGUGGCUGGUUGAGGCAGAGAUCUCCCCGGAGCUGGAGAAGUGCCUGGGGCGGAAGAAGAAGCGGAGGAAGAGGAAGAAGGAGGUGUGCCCACUGGUGCCACCCCCUGAGCUUCCCCACCCUGCCCCCGCCCCCACCAGCAGUGCCAUUCCUCGACUGCCUCAGCUGCCCCGGCAGAAAUGCCUGGUGGCCGCAGGAGCCUGGGGAGCUGGCGAACCCUGCCGGCAGCGAGCCUGGACCCUGGUCUCCAACCCCUUCUGCCCCGAGCCCAGUCCCCUUCAGGAUUCUUUUCUGCCCAGUGCCCCGGCCUGCACGGCUUGGGCUCAGGGCCGACGGCAGGGUCUGGGGCCCAUUCACUCCCGGACCAACCUGAUGGAGGCGGAGCUCAUGGAUGCAGACUCAGACUUCUGAGCCUGGAGAGCAGGGCCUGGGACAGGAAAGAAAGGAACAAACACCAUUCUCAGGCUCGUCUUCCUCCCUGAGGCUCGACUUUCCCAGGAUCUCACCUUCUAGAGAACCUGAGAGCCCAGCACCCUCCCAGAAGAGUUCUGUAUGUCUGGUUCAAGGCAGCAGAGCCGUGGGAAAGAGCCCUGAUUAGCUGCAUCUCUAAGGGUAGGACUCACCCUAGGGGCAAGGCCCUGGAACACAGCUUCCUCCUUUCUGCCCUAACAGCUGGAGUUUGGCUGACAGAAUCUGUCUCCAACAGGAUCAUGGAAUAUGCAGAGCUUGCAUUGGGGCGUAAUGGCAGAGGCAGGGGUGACGGUAUCCAGAGUGGGCUGUGGUAGCCAGGGAGACGGUCUAGCCAGUGUCUGGCAGGUGAAGGCUGGCUGCCCUUUUCUGUGCCAACUGGUGCCCUUUCCCAGUGCUCUCGGACCAAAAGUCAGUUUAUUAUGCCAUUAGUCCUUUGAAUGGGAACAGUGCUCCCUUCUUCCUCCUUCAGGUAGCUUGGGGGCUGGGAGGUGCCUAUUCCCUCUCCUGGGAAUUGCUCAGCUGGCCCUACCCAAGGCCAGUAACCCAUCCUCUGUUCUCCUGUACUUUCCUUCCCCUUUCCCAUUUCAAUUCCAGCAGGCCAACCUGCUCCUGUUUCCUGUUUGUUGAAUGGGACCCAAAACUGCAGGAUAACCCAUCCCAACCAUACCCACCCCUUUGCUGCCAGGUUCCAACUCCAGGUGAGAGACUAGUUCACCCAUAGAGCCUCGGGCCUGGUGUGAUAUAGAAGCAGUGACCAGGAGUCUCUGGGUCUCCGAGAGACACGUUAUCUCUUCCUCAUAUCCACCAGAGGGUGUGGAUCCUCUGAUUUGAGGGGCUCCUCUGGGAAGCUGCUGUAGCUUCAGCCAGGCAGGAAAGUUUCCUUCAACUUCCACAAUCUAUAGGUGAGGAGAUUCCCACAUCCUAUAACUCCCAACCGUGUCCCCAAGGCCCCAGUUUCAAGAACCAGGCAGCAGGAAGCCUUAGAAGCUGGCUGGGUUCCAGAUCAGGGGAUGGACGGGACGGUGGCGGGGGUGAGGGGAAAGAAAUAUAAACAGUAAAU